AUGCGGAAGAAUAGCAGUGACGACACCUUCAACAAGGCCAACGAACGUGUCGACGCACUUGCUCAAAAACUCGAGCAAAGUGAGGCGGCUCGCAAGAAAGCUGAACUUGCUGCUAGCAAAGCCAAGGCCGAGGUUGAUGAAGCCAAGGUGAAAGCUGCUAGUGUCGAGGAACUGCAGAGAAGGCUCAAAGAUGCCGAAUCUGCCUUAGAUGAGCAGAAAACUGCACAAACUGUGCGUGAACAAGAGAUCAUCAAGCGUCUGAAGUCGCAAAGUCGACCCCAAACAAACCAAGAUUUUGAUCUGGAGAAUCCCGUCAAUGACCCUCUCCUUGAUGCACUUUCUCUUCUGGAGUUCCAUGGGCGCGAAAUUCGUGAAGGCGUGGCCAAUGCCAAUGCGAGUUUGUCGGCGUUGUUCCCCUUCUUCUUCCCGAAGAAAGAGGAACCUUCAACUUUCCUUGCCCUUGCCAAGCUUUUCAAUUCGUCGGAAGACCUGGGAUUGAAGAUGCGUCAGGAGAAUAUGAAGGUUGCUGUCGAGAGUACUGUUGCCCUGGUUGCUGACAGCCAACAGACGCUUGAUUGGAUGAAGGUUGGCGACACCAGCCAGAUAGAACAUUCGAGAUGGAGGUCGCUGAUCAAGGCAGCCAAGCCCAACACGAAGAAGAUCUUGGCGUAUCUGGGGAUCAAGCCAGCUUCGACUCCUAGCUCCUCGAGGCCGGAGGUCUAGUUGCAUGC